ACGUUCAUGCCUUCUUCCAGUGCACCAUCACACUCGCCAAAGUACUAAUCCAACUGCAUCGAUCGUUCGCAUCAAGCACUCGAUCGUGCACUGGCCAUGGCGAAGUGGGCGGCGGUGACGGUGCUGCUGCUGGUGGCGGCGGCGAUGGCAGCGCCGGCGCCGGCGGCGGCGCAGUGCAACGCGGGGCAGCUGGCGGUGUGCGCGGGCGCGAUCAUCGGCGGGUCGGCGCCGUCGGCGUCGUGCUGCUCCAACCUGCGGGCGCAGAGGGGUUGCUUCUGCCAGUACGCGCGCAACCCGGCGUACGCCUCCUACAUCAACAGCGGCAACGCGCGCAAGACGCUCUCCUCCUGCGGCAUCGCCAUCCCGCGCUGCUAGGCAGCUGGGCCGGCCUCGCCGGCGCCGGCGCCGGAGACGACGAUGGCGCGACGCGGUGGACUUGCUCUCUGUGUGUGCAUGCUCGGUAUAUAUAACGGUGUACGUGCGCUUGAAUAAAUUUGGAUGUGUGCUAUAUAUUUGAAUCAAAUUAAUAAUGUUUAUCGAUUGAUUUCGCGCGUGUUUGACCGAUCCAAUUGGUGUCCUUUCGGUAUGAAAGUGUAAGUUCCGAGUUUGAAAACAUGUUACGGAAGAUAAAUCGAGCAAA